AUGGCAAAAUCUAGUAGCUGUAUUGUUCUGUUGGCUUUCUUUUUCACUACAGCACUAGCUACACUAACCAUGCAUGAACAAAGGUUUUUGUCUGAAUGUGCAAACACAGUUGGAGAAUAUUGUGGGAACCAAUUAUAUAACAAGCUCUUCACUCAUAACAAAACAUCAAUUACUAGAGAUUGUUGUUACAAGAUUCUUCAAACAGGUUAUUCUUGUCACAUCAAAAUGAGUGUGUUUAUUCUAGAAAGCAAUCCAGAUUUGAAACACGCAGAUCGGGUUCCGUAUCUUACCAAAAGUGACGGCCUUUUUCAGAAGUGUGACCGUGCUACCGAGCCUGAGAACUCCAAGUUUCUGGCUACAUGCGUAGAGCAAGUAGGAUCUGAUUGCGGAGAAGAAGUUUACAACAAACUGGUUCAUGAUAAGGAUGUGAGUCAACAAUGUUGCAAAAAGCUUGUUCAAUCAGGCCAGAAAUGUCAUACCAGUAUGGCGAAGGCUUUGAUUCGUACACCGCCUAUGAAGAAUGUUGACGCAAUUCAGUUUCUAAAGAAGAACAAGAAAAUAUACAGUGAUUGUAAACGUGCGGAAUGA